UUGCCCCCCUUUGCCUUUUGUCUCCGUGGCUGUCAUCUGUCUUUCCUCUCCUAGACUGUCCAUCGCCAACCGUGGUUCUCCUCUCGCAACUGCCUCUCCAGGAACACACUUUCUCUUCCUCUCUCUCAGGGUCACACCACCAUUCAAAAGUCCUUGACGACGACGGCUGGGCCUUGUCCUUGGCCUCUUUUUUCUUCUUGUCCCCUCCCAGCUAAAAAGCUGCCUUGUCUUUGUCUUUUCAUGUUCUCCAGCUCUUUCUUUCUCCAUCUAUUGUCUUUACUUUUCUUUCUCUAGUAAUUCAUCUCUCUCCAUCGACACCAACUACUCCUACAAGAUAAAAUAAAUGUCCACUAUCAACAUGCUGGCUGAGCAAUCUCCCUUUGGGCGCUCUGAUACGGGCCCUCCUACUUUUACCACUCCCAAUGCGUUUUCCGGUGAUUUUCUCGGUCUCUCUCUCCCCGAUGAAGAUAAUCUUUGGGGUCUCAGCCCUCUCUCUCCUCCUCUGGCGUCGUGGAAUGGUAAACAGGACCAGGGUUUCCCUAAUCCUCCCCAAAUGGAGCGGGACCUGAAGAACGCCCAUGUCCGCAAUGGACAGCCUACCCCGCCUCCGUACGACGAUAGAAAGCUCCAUCCUACCGGCGAGCUCUAUACCCUGUCCCAAUGCCAACUGGAUGGUGCGGCGGCUUUCCCCCCGCAGAGUCAGGGUCACAUCCGAACGUUCAGUGAUAUCUCUGGACCUGAUAGCAGCAGCAGCAGCUCCAAGCGUCGUCGGGUUUCCAGACACAUCCCGGACGAUUACAUCGACGACGAAGACGAUACCCAUCACGAGCGGGCGAAGCGUGAGAAGUUCCUUGAGCGGAACCGUCUCGCCGCCAGCAAGUGUCGCCAGAAGAAGAAGGAGCAUACUAUGUUGCUCGAAUCGCGAUACAAAGAACAGUCAGACAAGAAAGAAAACUUGGUGACUGAAAUCGCCCGGCUGCGAUCGGAGAUUCUGGGUCUCAAGAACGAGGUCCUUAAGCACGCUCAGUGUGGUGAUGAACCCAUCAAGUUGCAUCUGGCACAGAUGGUCAAGAAAAUCACCUACAACGAUUCCGCGCCGGAAUUAACCGAUGUGGCAGACGCUGCGUCUUCUUCGGACGGCCCUAUGACUCCAACGGGGCAGCAACCAUUGUCCUUUGGAUUUGAUGAUCCCUUGCAGCUCGAGUCGAACUCUGGAGCCUUUGAGCAGCAGAUACGUCGGGAUUCGGAGACGUCCUUGAUGACGGAAGGCUCCUACCCGUUCUCGAGCGAUGAGACCUUUGACGACCUGAUUAAUGUCUAGUUUUACUUUUCUUCUUGUUUCUACUUUUUACUUUCUGUCGUUUUAAUUUUCCUGAUGAUAUGAUGAUUCUGAUUGACGAAAGCGGGUCUGUACAAGCGGCGUUAAGGUACAAAAGCGUGGGACAGCUCGGGAGGUAUUUUACUGGGGUCCAUUCGUUCAAUGAUUUUGAGGCGCUUGGAGUGAGAAUUUCUUGUGGUUUAUUGGGGUGUUGCUGUUGUACUCGAUAGAUGUAUAUUAUUCUCUAGCUAACGCCACCAUGGAUUAAUUCAAGCUAUGAACCGUGGGUCUGAAUGGAGUCGUGACAACAUGACAGUUGAUCACUUGAUAGUGUAGUUCUUAUCUUUGGCCUGGAUGUCUUACCCUGAUCUAGGUGGGUCUAGACAAUAAGAUGAGA